GCAUUAAAAAGUUGGUUUUCAAUUGUGUCAAAAGUUUUCAUGUGAUUUACUGAUUUACCCCAUUGGAAAACCGAAUUUAAUAUUUUACUACAAUUAUGACGGAUUCGAAUGGAAGAAGUACACCAGUGAAAAUAAAAGAAGAAUUGGAAGAUGAAUCGAAUCUUAUGAGUUUGGAGAAGUUGGACCGUGAUUCGCCUCAUAUGUGGCCACAGAAAGCAGUGGAUCGAUUCAGCACACCAAACCUUAACUUCUCACCGCCGGCGUGGACCAAAGGCUUAACACAGGAUGAUAUCAACUCGAUGUAUCAACUGGGUGCCUUAUCAUCGAACGGUAUCAUAGCGGAGGUAAAGAAACUGUACGAUCAGGCCUACCAGCUAGGUGUUCAGGAGGCAAAGGAGAUGACACGUGGAAAGUAUUUAAAUAUCUUCUCAGGCAAUCGGAAGAAAACAUAGCACCGACAAAAAUGGGUUUAAGCUUAAAACUAGGAACGUAAGCACUUCAAAUAAAUGAA